AUGGCAAAACUGCCGAGGUUACCCGCGCCAGACCUCCGGAAGACACUGGACCGCUACGGGCCGCCCACUUGCAACGAGGCACGUGGCCGCUCUCUCUUUGACGUCAGCUACGCGAAACGCGUUCAAUGGGCAGAUGACCUCGAGAAAGGCAUCGGUCGCAUUUGCCAGCGCAAACUCCAUGAAUUGGAUACUUGCUCGCCACACAACUGGCUAGACGAUAAUAUUUGGACGACCUACGCCUACCUCUCAUGGCGUGCCUCACUCCUCAUUAAUUCCAACUGGUGGCUACAUUCAUUAAUGAUUCCUCCGUACCCGAAUCCAUUCUGUAUAGAGCCCUGGCAGGUGCGCCGGGCCGCGUGUAUACUGCAUCGCGUCCUCGACUGGCGCGCCCGCAUGCCCAACCAGCAUCCGGACCCUGAUACCACCCGCACCGGUGACGUCACGCUCAUGUUAUGUGAUUUUGUGUAUACCGUAAGAGUCUGUGAGGAUGAUCGGACACCGUUGCCUGUACAGACCACUGAAAGCCAUAUACGUGCGGUAGCACUGGAUGUCAUCAACAGAAUAGAGGCCGGGGAAAGCGCUGUACCGAUUGGCGUCUUGACGUCGGAUGACAGACCGUUGGACAGAGAACUAUCAACACCUGCUCUCCCUUUCACCCACAAUGCCUCCACCCUCCGCGCAGUUGAUGAGUCUAUCAUGGCUCUCUCUUUCGACCACUACACCGCCAUGCCAUGGGAUUACCCAACCCCUACCUCGCUGAGUUCUUCCCAAUCCUCUCGAGCAAGCGUCCCAGCAUUAGACUCCGACGCAGAAUUCCACGCACAUCUCCACAACAUCCGCUCCCCUCCCCAAGCUCGGAACAUAUGGUUCGACAAGUGCCUGACCCUAUCACAGGAACGCAAUACGCGUACUGGUGCAAUGGGCGAACAAACUCCUGUCGAUGCGUUAGUGCCCAGCAUCGUCUUUGAAUACAGUGUUGCUGCUGGUAUCGACACCUCAACAUUCUCAGAGCCUGUGCCACUCCCUCUUACUUUAGAAGAAACUCGUUUGAGAGACGAUGGUGAAAAGGGAUGGACUCAUUUGGAUUGGGUGACCGACAAGCGGAUUGAAUCCCAAGUUAGAGAAGCGGAAGGACGGGCUCAGGCCUUAAUUGAUAACUCUGAGGCAGGGGAUUUGGAGUUCGGGGAACAUGGCGCUGAUUGGAUUAGCAAUGCCCGCCUCCCACCUGACGCCUACACCCAACUUGCAAUUCAACUCGCCUGGUACCGCUCACGCGGGAUCCUCACAGCGACCUACGAGACCGCGCUCACGCGCAUGUUCAAUGCUGGCCGUACAGAGUGCGUGAGGAGUGUGAGUGUGGAAGGGCUAGAUUUUGUGCAGGCUGCCAAGGAAUGGGAACGUGGAGCUGGUUGUCGUGCCAUCCAGACGCACAGGCGCACGAGGGAAGCUGCAACCGGACGUGGAAUCGAUAAGCACUUAUUAGGGCUGAAACUGAUGCUAGAAGGGCUCGCUACGCACCCUCUCUUCACCGACCCGCUUUUCUCUCGCUCUCAGGAGUGGAAACUCAGUACCAGUGGCUUGAGCGCUGGAUACAACUUCCGAGGAACGGGCUUUGGAUCACCCUGGGAGGAUGGUUAUGGGAUUAAUUACCUCAUAGCACCGAAUCGCAUCACAUUCUGCGUCGAGUCCAGAUUUUCAUCCCCGCUCACCUCCGCGAACAAAUUCAAGGAGUAUAUCGCGGAUACAAUCCUGGAUAUGUGGGCGAUCUACGAGGCUGGAGAGCUCGAAUUGACAGGUGGAAAGAAUGAGUCAGUGGGUGGGGUAGAAACGCGGGCGCAGGCCCGAUUAUGA